UUGAAAAUGUUGAAAAAAGCUUACUUGUUGAUCCAGAUAAUGAAUUGGCUGCUGAUGAGCUUCAACAAAUACUGGAUAUAUUUGAGGAAGAAAAAAUAGAUAUACAUCAACAAUUUAAUGAUAAUGAUUUUAUUCAAGGUGUUACAAAAAUAGAACAAGUAGAAAAUGAUGUUAUAACACAACUCUUAACCAGAAAAGAACAGUUGGAUAUUCUGUGCAAUGCUCUAAAAAUUGUUAAUAAGAGAAAUGAUGAUGGUGAGAUCACAAUGAGGUCUUUAUAUAAGCUUCAAUCACAUAUUCAGGAGGAAGUUCGAAAGGAAGAAGCUGAAAAACAAGUCCAAUCUACACUGGAUCAAUUCUUGUCAAGACCUGAACAGUAA